AUGAAGUUCUGCCAGCUGCUGCGGUCGACGGCGCGGCACCUGCCGGAGGUGCAGGAGCUGUCGCGGCAGUAUAAGGCGCUGAAGAAGCAGAUCCGGCGGAUGCAGGGCGUGCUCUCGCAGGGCAACUUCCAGGGGGCCAACGAGUGCGAGGACGAGUUCGCCAAGGCGCUGGGCCGCCACCUGCGGUACCUCAACGAGACGUUCGUGGAGCGGGAGGAGCAGAUCGUGAUGCGGCUGGAGGCGCUGGAGGAGGAGAGCCGCGGCAUCAGCACGCCGGAGGGCUGCCACCUGCUCAUCCGCCGCUGCGUGGACUUCCACGGCGAGCUGGUGCUGUUCAUGCACUGGAGCAUGCUGGCCUACACCGGCAUGGUCAAGAUCCUGAAGAAGCACAGGAAGAAGACGGGGGGCACGGUGGAGUCUGUUCCGAUCGAGACGCUCGUGAAGCAGCCCUUCUUCUCUCCCGAGGUGCUCAUUGGAUGA